AUGGACUACAACGCGCUGCGUGCCCAAACCAUGGGCUCCGGCUUCGACGAAGAGGCGGUCACUGUCAACACCAGAGCUUUGAUAGACAAAGUCCUAGCACGCUAUUCGGGAGAAUGGACUGUGCUGCGCGAGUUGUUACAGAACGCCGCGGACGCCACUGCAACCAAGGUUACAGUCAAGUUCGAGACCAUUCCUUCUGCUGCGGUGCCCUUACCUCAGGAGCAGUCCCCUUCGAACAUUCUUAAGCAUACUGUACAACAUCAUACGCUCAAGAGACUAGUUGUUUCCAACAAUGGGCAGGUGUUCAAUGAGAAGGACUGGUCCAGAUUGAAGAGAAUAGCAGAAGGCAAUCCUGAUGAGACUAAGAUUGGUGCUUUUGGUGUUGGCUUCUACUCAGUCUUUGCAGACUGUGAGGAGCCAUUCGUGUCUUCCGGACGUGAAGCCAUGGCCUUUUUCUGGAAGAACAACAGCCUAUUCACACGACGACUCCGGCUACCCGAAAAGGAUGCGAGCUCAGACACAACAUUUGUUCUGGACUACCGGGACACAACGUCCCCUGUGCCGCCAUUGCUACCCCUAGCUCAAUUUCUUUCAAGCAGUUUGACAUUUGUCGGUCUGGAGAAUAUCGAUUUCUUCAUAGAUGACCACAACAUACUAUCGCUACAGAAAAAGGCGUCACCAAAUUUAGAUGUUGCUAUUCCCCGAGACAUUGAACCCAAGACUAGUGAGGGCUUCAUGAAGGUCACCGCUGUCACGAAGCAGGUGGCGCAGAUUGACGGCAGCUGGAUGAAAAUCGUUGGGUGGACCGCCCCCAAGACGAGCACGAGUCGAACUAAUGAGCGAGAUAGCGGUCCGUCCCUCAGGAAAUUCUUCUCGCGGCUGGCGGGAGCAGCUCCUGAGGAGCAGGUGCGUCCGCCGUCAGCCUCUGGUGAGGACAAUCAAAACGAUGGACUUGCCACCAAAGUGUCAGCGACUGUGUUUUUGAAUGUCAAUACCGCGACAAUCAAGACAUUUACCGGUCAGAAGUUCAACGAGGAGCUAGAACGCGCGACGAAAAAGCCACCACCCAAGUACACCAAGCUCGCCAUACUUACGGCACCAUACAUUGAAAACGACACCGUUGCGAAGACAAAGUCUGCCGGUGACAUCUUUGGCUCUGUCCUGCCGUCAAGGUCCGGCAAGAUCUUCAUUGGCUUCCCAACGCAUCAAACUACCGGUUUGAAUGCGCACAUCUCAGCACCAUCUGUCAUUCCGACGGUGGAGCGUGAGUCUAUUGACUUGAACGCGCGCUAUGUACGAACAUGGAACAUCGAAAUGCUCAGAGCCGCGGGUAUCGUUUGCAGGAUUGCUUGGUCAGCCGAGAUGUCGGAGCUGGGGAACAAAAUCGCGCGCCAUGCGCAAGGUCAGCGGAAAGUCAAGAUGGAUAACGUGCAGCCCUACCUCCCCGAGGCCACCACCAUGUUCAAGAACUUUACAUUCCGAGAAUCGACUCCUGCGUCCAAGACUGGACAGAUACUCGAGGAUGCAUUCUGGACGUGUGGUAAGAAAGCUUCCAUCGAAGUCUUGUCGAGCUGCGGUGUCCUUCAAACACACGAUGUGCGAAUGGCACCCAAAGAUCUCAGUUUCAUGGACGGCAUCCCAAUAUUACCGGAGGCUCUGGUGAAGGAAGCGAAGAGCUUUAUCGACAAAUUGAUCGACUUUGGCUUGAUCACCGAAGUCACUGUUUCUGACGUCAAAAAAUCACUAGAAUCUACCCCCCUCACGGCCACCCAAGUUUCAGAAUUUCUGUCUUGGCUAACCAAGCAGGCCACCAAAGGUCAGCUUGAUAAAGCUACGGUGGAGAGCUUGCUAUCCGUUGCCAUUGCCAAUGACGAGAGCAGUGAAGGUAUUCCGUCGCAAGUCCUCGUUUUGGGAGAUAUGCAACACUUUUUGAACGCUAGCAAGAUUUCCGUGGAUUUGCCGAUCCCUCCAACCGUGAUGCCAUUCAAGUUCACGAAGAGUAUGAGCAAACACGAGUUGGAAAGCAUUGGCUGGCAGGAAUUGCAGAUCGUCCCUUGGAUUCGAUGGUUGAUCCAAGUCUCGAAAGACCGUAACAUACUAUCCGAAGAGAAGGAUCUCACCGGCAGUAAGGCCUUCGCUUCACAGAUCCUGCCACUUCUCUCUAAGCAGUGGGAUUCGCUGAGCCAAUCGUCGAAGAGUUCUCUACUCGAGACUCUGGCUAUCCAGACAGUCAUUCCAACGAAACUAGGAAUGCGGAAACCAGCCGAAUCCUACUUCCCCAAUGUGAAGCUCUUCGAUGAUUUACCGACCAUCGUCAGCCUGGGCGCCGUCAAAGACAAAUUUCUUGUUGCCCUUGGCGUUCGCAAAACCAUCGAGCUAGGCGUCGUCUUCGAUCGUCUCCUUGCGCUUGACGGUCGCACAAAGAAAGACGAAAAGCCUCAGUGGAGUCACAUCGACCUGAUACAAUAUCUCGCAUCGGUGAGGGAUGAUAUCCCGGGCCAGGACAUCCAAAGACUGAGAAACACCCCUAUCUGUCCUCGAUCCAUCAAAUGCGAAGAGAUUCAAGAUUCGAAAAGGUACAAAGUAUCUGAAUUAUUCGAGCCAAGAGCUGAAUUGCGCGACCUGGGUCUACCAGUCCUCCAGUGGCAAGGUCCUUUCCGCGGUGGAAGCCCCGAGGGUAGAUUGUUAUCUGCUCUCGGCUUGAGGACUUCUCCCACAGCGGAAGAGCUUAUCAACACCAUGGCUAGAGCUGGGGCAACAAGAGAUCUGGAGCUCAGAGACAAGGCCCUGAUCUACUUCCUCUCCCAUCAUCAUGCCGAUGGAUAUGCGAGGUUCAACUAUGCUGGCGUCCAAGUACCGUUCUUACCCCUUGAGCGGCAGCCGGAGGAGCUAGCGACUCCGUCCCAAUGCUACGUUGACGAGGGAGCUGCGUUGCUGGGUUAUGAUGUGCUGAAGCGGGAUUGGGUCCCGCACGCCUCGAAAUUGGGGGUUGCAAUCCACCCACCCAUGGCUGACUGUAUCACCAUCCUUGCAAAGAGACCACCGACAACACAUCAAGAAGCAAGAGCCGUAUUCGGCUAUUUUGCUGGCCGGCUGAGCGAGAUUGAUGGAUCUACAAUACCGCGCCUAAGGACGCUGCCGUUCGUUCCAAUCUUCUCGCGCGACAAGCAAAAGACACUGGCCACCCGCCACGCUACUCCACAAUCAUGCUUUCUAGGCGAGAGUGAAACAUUUGGUGGUAUUUUCGACUUCGUUGAUUUUGGAAAUGCAGCAAACUCGUUCCUCAUCAGGUGUGGAUCCAAGCUCGAGCCCACCAAACCCGAAGUUGCUCAGAUAUUGGUUCGCGAGCCUGCUCGGAUCUCGUCCACGUUUCGAAGCCCUGAAAAAUAUCUUGCGCUUCUUCGUAACAUGGCUGAUAGUGUGGCCGAGUUGAAGAAGAACAAGGAUCUCUGGCGUGAGAUGAAGAAGUCUCCCUUUCUUCUCGCAAGUAAGGAACUCCCGGCGCAGCAGUCGAAGGCCCAGCAAACCGUCACUCGUGCAGAUGAUCUCGACGAUCUGGAAGACGACGAGGCCCAAGGCAUCCGAGAGUUCCAACUAUGUAAGGCAGAAGAUGCGAUCAUUGUUGAUGAUUACAUCAACUACAGCUUAUUCAAAGCUAGCGUCCUGGCUGCUCCUCAGGAGGAAACUCUUGAGGACUUCUAUUUCGCGCUUGGUUCUCCUGUCUUGAGUUCGCUCGUCGAAGAAGCAGCCCGGCAUGGCCCACGGGCGCCGGAUCAGAAGCCUGCUUUGAGACUUCAAAAGCAGAUCCUCGAAAGAUCUCGCUUGUUCUUGCAUGACCAGCCACCAGACUCAAUCAAGCACGACACGAAAUGGCUCGAGAAGAAUCUCAAUGUUCAGCUGGUAUCUUCUAUCUCACUUCGCAGAUCACUCAAAGGUCGUAAUGUUACUCAUACCGAGAAACGGACUGCUGUUGUCACCCAAGUCAAUCGCGAAUAUACCUUGUGGGUGAGUGGCGAACGGCCUGAUUUGUAUCAAGUCAGUCAAGCUCUUGUGAAUCUGCUAUUGAACCGGCCGAAACCCCACUCAGCACUAACACUGGAGAUGCUCCUCAAGACUGACUUGCUCGAUCUACGUGCUCGUGGAUUCAACGUGUCUCGAAUACUGCGACAGAAAGCAGCUGAAGCACGCCUUGCAGAGAGUAAGCGGCAACAGGAGCUUGAAGAAGAAAGCAGGCGUAUUGAAGAGCAGCAGAAGGCGUGGGAUGCCGCUCAUGAGCAAGUUGCAACGCGAGGGAGUAAACAAGGAGCUCCUCCUGGCGGCUUCCCGGACUCACCAGACGGGAAAGAUUCACGAGCGUUGCCAGACCGCUCCGUGCUACCGACGGAUGACAGUGAUGAUCGGCAUGGUCCGCGAAACCUGCUCUCCAAUAUAUCGCGUCAAUUCGGACUGAACAACAAUCGCCACAUUCAAUCGAUGUUUGGUCGACAGCCCGAUCCACUACCGGAUGCGGUACCUUCAGCGCAGAGUGACGCUCCACCGCCAUACAGCGCGGAUGACACAAGUACGAAGAAAACUCAGAAGCAGGCUGGCGCAGGAGUCACUGCACCCCAUCAACUCCAACAGAACCUUCUCAGUGCCAUCAAAAAGGCUCGCCCUCAUACUUCCAGUCAGCUGUAUUCCAGGGGAGAGACAAAUACAGUCUCCGAAACCAAGUCCUACUGCGAUGAGCAUCCGGCGCAUGACCUGACCGCAGCCGCGGAGAUGAAGCAUGGCAUAACCAUAUUUCUUUCACCAACGGCAUUCCCGGAUGCGGUUCGGCCUGCGUUCCUGACGCAGCACUCAGCUGGCCUUCAGUCCUUUGCUACGCUGUUAAAGGACGUGGGGGCGGUAUUCAGCCUCGACCCAAAGAUCCUCAACAUCUUUUACGAGACGAAUGGCAAGACCAUCGCCUUCAAUCGCCAAGGAAGUAUUUUCUGCAACUUUUUCUACUUUGAAAAACUGCACGAGAAGCUACUGGCUGAUGGCGGUAUUGGUGAGUAUGGAACUGUGUUUGUCUAUUGGUGGGUGAUCCUGUGUCACGAGCUGGCGCACAAUCUGGUUGGCGACCACAGCAGCGACCACAGUUACUACACCGAGGGCUUCGUCUCGUCGUACUUUGGGAAAGUUGUGGCUUGGCUGGGGGAGAUCUCCAAUAAGAGGAAUUCGGCUGCGGUCCAGCAACAGCCAAACAACUUGGUGGAUUAG